GAGCCUGGAGCAGUGCAGGCUCCGGACGCCACUCGUAGACUGUGGCUGUCGCUCUGGCUCGCAGCCCCACGACCAUCCCGCCACCGCGUCGCGGGCCAUGGACCUGCCUAGGGGCCUCCUGGUGGCCUGGACCCUCAGCCUCUGGCCAGGAUUCACAGACACCUUUAACAUGGACACCAGGAAUCCCCGGGUCAUUGCUGGUCCCAGUUCUGCCUUCUUUGGCUACACAGUCCAGCAGCAUGACAUCAGUGGCAAGAAGUGGUUGGUUGUGGGUGCCCCACUGGAAACCAAUGGCCAUCAGAAGACAGGCGAUGUGUACAAGUGUCCAGUAACACAAGGCAACUGCACCAAGCUCAACCUGGGCAGGGUCACUCUGUCCAAUGUGUCUGAGAGGAAGGACAACAUGCGUCUCGGCCUGAGCCUUGCCACCAAUCCCAAGGACAACAGCUUCCUGGCCUGCAGCCCUCUCUGGUCUCAUGAGUGUGGAAGCUCCUACUAUACCACUGGCAUGUGCUCACGAGUCAACUCCAACUUCAGGUUCUCCAAGACAGUGGCUCCAGCACUUCAAAGGUGCCAAACCUACAUGGACAUCAUCAUUGUCCUGGACGGCUCCAAUAGCAUCUACCCCUGGGUGGAGGUUCAACACUUCCUCAUCAAUAUCCUGAAAAAGUUCUACAUUGGACCCGGCCAGAUCCAGGUCGGAAUAGUUCAGUAUGGAGAAGAUGCGGUACAUGAGUUCCACCUUAGUGACUACAAAUCUGUAAAGGACGUGGUGGAAGCCGCCAGCCACAUUGAGCAGAGAGGAGGGACAGAGACCCGCACAGCAUUUGGCAUUGAAUUUGCACGUUCAGAGGCUUUCCAGAAGGGUGGAAGAAAAGGGGCCAAGAAGGUGAUGAUUGUCAUCACGGAUGGGGAAUCCCAUGACAGCCCAGACCUGGAGAAGGUGAUCCGGCAAAGCGAGAAGGACAACGUGACCAGAUACGCAGUGGCCGUCUUGGGCUACUACAACCGCAGGGGGAUCAAUCCAGAAACUUUUCUAAAUGAAAUCAAAUACAUCGCGAGCGACCCGGAUGACAAGCACUUCUUCAACGUCACAGAUGAGGCAGCCCUGAAGGACAUUGUCGAUGCCCUCGGGGACAGGAUCUUCAGCUUGGAAGGCACCAACAAGAAUGAAACCUCUUUUGGACUGGAGAUGUCACAGACAGGCUUUUCCUCGCAUGUGGUAGAGGACGGGAUCCUACUGGGAGCCGUGGGAGCCUACGACUGGAACGGGGCCGUACUGAAGGAGACAAGUGCGGGCAAGGUGAUUCCCCACCGGGAGUCCUACCUUAAGGAGUUCCCAGAGGAGCUGAAGAACCAUGCCGCAUACCUAGGCUACACAGUGACAUCGGUCGUGUCCUCCAAGCAGGGACGGGUGUACGUGGCUGGAGCUCCCAGGUUCAACCACACAGGCAAGGUCAUUCUGUUCACUAUGCACAACAACCGCAGCCUCACCAUCCACCAGGCUCUUCGGGGCGAGCAGAUAGGCUCCUACUUUGGGAGUGAGAUCACCUCAGUGGACAUCAAUGACGACAGAGUGACCGAUGUCUUGCUGGUGGGCGCCCCCAUGUACUUCAGCGAGGGCCGAGAGCGAGGCAAGGUGUAUGUCUACAACCUGAGACAGAACCGGUUUGUUUAUAAUGGCACUCUGAAGGAUUCCCACAGCUACCAGAAUGCCCGGUUUGGGUCCUCCAUUGCCUCAGUUCAAGACCUCAACCAAGACUCCUACAAUGAUGUGGUGGUGGGGGCCCCUCUAGAGGACAGUCACAGAGGGGCCAUCUAUAUCUUCCACGGCUUCCAAAGCAGCAUCCUGAAGAAGCCCAUACAGAGAAUCGCAGCCUCAGAGCUGGCUCCUGGCUUGCAGCAUUUCGGCUGCAGCAUCCACGGACAACUGGACCUCAAUGAGGAUGGGCUUGUGGACCUAGCAGUGGGCGCCCUGGGCAACGCUGUGGUUUUGUGGGCCCGCCCCGUGGUUCAGAUCAAUGCCAGUCUCCACUUUGAGCCACCCAAGAUCAACAUCUUCCACAAGGACUGCAAGCGCAAUGGCAGGGACGCCACCUGUCUGGCUGCCUUCCUCUGCUUCGUGCCUGUCUUCCUGGCACCCCACUUCCAAACAGCAACCGUCGGCAUCAGGUACAAUGCCACCAUGGACGAGAGACGAUACAUGCCACGGGCACAUCUGGACGAGGGUGGAGACCAGUUCACCAACAGGGCUGUCUUACUCUCCUCCGGCCAGGAACACUGCCAAAAGAUCAACUUCCAUGUCCUGGACACUGCCGACUACGUGAAGCCAGUGACGUUCUCCGUGGAGUACUCCCUUGAGGACCCUGACUUUGGCCCCAUGCUAGACAAUGGCUGGCCCACUACACUCAGAGUGUCGGUGCCCUUUUGGAACGGCUGUAAUGAGGAUGAACACUGUGUCCCUGACCUUGUCUUGGAUGCUCGGAGUGAUCUGCCCACUGCCAUGGAGUACUGCCAACGGGUGCUGAGGAAGACUGCGCAGGAGUGCUCCACCUACACGCUGUCCUUCGACACCACUGUCUUCAUCAUAGAGAGCACGCGCCGCCGGGUGGCCGUGGAGGCCAUGCUGGAGAACAGAGGGGAGAAUGCCUACAGCACCGUCCUCAACAUCUCCCAGUCAGAAAACCUGCAGUUCGCCAGCCUGAUCCAGAAGGAUGACUCAGACAACAGCAUUGAGUGUGUCAACGAGGAGAGGCGGCUACACAAGAAAGUCUGCAACGUCAGCUACCCCUUCUUCAGGGCCAAGGCCAAGGUGGCUUUCCGUCUGGACUUCGAGUUCAGCAAGUCUGUGUUCCUGCACCAUCUUCAGAUCCAGCUGGGUGCUGGCAGUGACAGUCACGAGCAGGAGAGUACCACCCAUGACAACAUGGCCCUCCUUCGCUUCCACCUCAAAUACGAAGCAGACGUCCUCUUUACCAGGAGCAGCAGCCUGAGCCACUACGAGGUCAAGGCCAACAGCUCUCUGGAGAAAUAUGAUGGCAUUGGGCCUCCCUUCAACUGUGUUUUCAAGGUGCAGAAUCUGGGUUUUUUUCCUAUCCACGGGGUGAUGAUGAAGAUCACUGUGCCCAUCGCCACCAGGGGUGGGAACCGCCUGCUGAUGCUGAGGGACUUCUUCACUGACCAGGUCAACACAUCCUGUAACAUCUGGGGGAACAGUACAGAAUACCAGAGUGCCCCAACUGAGGAAGACUUGAGCAGUGCCCCACAGAGGAACCACAGCAACUCUGACGUGGUCUCCAUCACCUGCAACGUGAGGCUGGACCCCAACCAGGAAAUCAGAUUCUACCUGAUAGGGAACCUGUGGCUGAGGUCUCUGAAAGCACUCAAGUACAGAUCUCUGAAGAUCACAGUCAACGCAGCCUUGCAGAGGCAGUUCCACAGCCCCUUCAUCUUCCGAGAGGAGGACCCCAGCCGCCAGGUCACGUUUGAGAUUUCCAAGCAAGAAGACUGGCAGGUCCCCAUCUGGAUCAUCGUGGGCAGCACUCUGGGGGGCCUCUUGCUGCUUGCCCUGCUAGUCCUGGCACUGUGGAAGCUCGGUUUCUUUAAAAGUGCCAAGCGCAAGAGGGAGCCUGGACUGGGCCCUGUCCCCAAAGAGCUGGAGUGAGGAUCUGUCGGAGGCUUCGCGUCGAUGGGGGCCAGGCACCGGUCCGGGAGCUGCAGGCCCAGGCCUGUGGCCCCGCAGAGCUGGGGCAAAGAGGAUGCCUGUGGACUUUGUGCUGAGCUCAUCUCUGGAGAGAUGGCGCCUGAUCCCUGUGGGAUGGACCUCAAGCCCAUGUUCGCAACGUCUCUCCAAGCGGUUGAGAUGCCUCCAGUACUGAUCCCUAAGGACUUAAAGGGACCGCUCCAAGACUUGGGCUCUGUAGAGGGAAUCUGCUGCCCCAAACACUAAGGUGCUAGGGCUCUGCUAUCAUGCCCACCUCUGAAGAAACCCAAGGGGAAAAGCAGCAAAUACAAGCCCACUGUGCACGCUCCA